AUUCACUCUCGAUUUCGAAUGUAGGGCAGCAAUAUUUGUAAACAAGAACAUUUCAUUGAUUGAUUGAGAUCAGGGGUUACAAACACAAUGGGAGGAGUUAAAGUGAAAGAGGAAACGCCUGACCAACUGAAACUGGCCAAAGAACCCAGUCUACAGUCCUUUAGUAUUGUCGUAGCAUUUAUGGCAUGUGGAUACGGGGCUGCAGCAUACAGUGAAGAUUCGUCCCUGUGGAUGUGUGUAUAUGUAGUCAGUGGCUUCUUCGUGGGACUGGCAUGCAUUGAGGAUUGGGAGUAUUGUGAGUUUGACAAGUCAACAAAUGAACUCCGCCAAACUCGCUACACAGUAUACGAUAAACUUCUACAAUUGUUCACAACUAAAAAUGAUCACAUUGUAGUCACCAGUCUUUCUGAUAUUGUUGAUGUUGUGGUAGAGGAGCAGCAUGUACGAUAUUUUGGCAAUACUUAUCAAACAGUCAUGGUAUACGACACAGGGAUAUGUAUCGGUGUGACAGAGUCUUUCGUUUAUGGUAACAAAAUAUUCUGUACCAUGUGGAUUUUGAAACCAAAUCUUACCCUCCACUGGACAUUUUAUAUAUAUAAUUUACACAAAAUAAAAUGAGUGCUUUUGUUUUACAUUAUGUAAAGUGUUGUUUGUUAAAGUCAUUCACAUGCAUCCUGUAUUGUACUUUUUUUUCCCCCUAGUGAACAGGAAGUAAUUGCGGACAAAAUUAAGGCAUUCCUAAGUGUUGAGCGACCAGGCAUGGCUGACGGUGACACUUCCUCUAGUGGGGAGGAGGACUUUGAACAUGUGAACCCAGAAGACCUGAAGGAUGACCAAGAAAGGCCUCUCUAAGGAGAUGUGGAUGAAAGAAAAUUUCACUAAAUAUAUGUCAUAUGGAAAAUGUGCAACUUCAGCCUGUAAAAGUUUAUGGCUUAAAUGAUCUUUAAAAAAUUCCCAUAAGGAAGUAAAUUCUGUGUUUAAAAUAUAUUGUUAAUGUUUACCUGCAGCUUAUAGUAGGAAGGGAAAUUAGUGACCUCAACAUUUAGGUUUGGUCGUGUGAAAUUCAUUUCCUUUACGAGAUAGAGUAGUCUUUGUCAGUACUUGACAAUACUUUGUGUCUACUAAUGGAAUCUAACUGUAAGUACAUAUUCCUAACGCAUCUACUUAUCUAUUCAUAACGCAUAUACACAUACUUAUCUAAUUAUAACGCAUAUACACGUACUUAUCUAUUCAUAACGCAUGUACACGUACUUAUCUAUUCAUAACGCAUGUACUUAUCUAAUGAUAAAAUAGAAGUGGAAAGUAUUACUAGUAAUUAAUAAGGACCAGCGGUCCAUGUAAUAUUUUAGUACUUGGUUGUUAAGUAUGAAAAAAAUAAUGCUUAGAUCUAGAAUCUGUAUUGCGUAACAAUUUCACCAAAAAAUAGUGUCUAGCUGAACACAGAUUAACUAUAUUUAUAACUUAAUUGCAAGCUAUACAAGAUGAAGAAUGAACCGAAAUUGAAUUAUAAAUUAGACUAUAUACAAAUUAUAAACUGUAGAUUACACUUUGUAACAUGCAUGCAGUAUAGCAAAUUCAAAACUAUACUUAGUGUAUUUCAUUUUGUGACGUGAAUUUUAGUUUUAAUUUAAGUCUUAUCAUGUUGAUUAUGAAAUAUCAUUAUAUAUAAAUGUAGUUCUCAGAGGUUAACACAGAGUAUCAAACUUAUGAAAUUCAACAUAACGGUAUUCAUUCAAAUUUCCAUACUGAUAGAAAAAAAUAGUCAGAAUUUUUCUUUUUCAUAGCAAAUGUGUGAAAUUAACUCCAAAAACUGGUUUUAGGCUGACCUUUAGUUAAUGAAUGUCAGUUAUAGUUAAUGUGAGAAUUUUUUUUUAGAUUCGUGAAAGUAUUUUCAAGAAUUAGAAAGCUUUGCUAGAAUAUUUUAACAGUGGUUGACACUGAUGAAAAUUAACACGGUUUACAAACGUUGAAUUAUAGUUUAUGUUUUGAAUUUAACUGUAUUUUACGCCUGGUAAUUGUAGCUUAUCAGUGUAAAAUUUUUGUUUCACUGGAUUUUGUGAAGUGGCGAUCCAGUUAAAGAUGGUGUGAAGAAUUUUUCUGGAUCUCUCUUUGUUGUUUUAUUAUGAUAUUUAUACCUGGUGGUUUUAUCAUUGUUGUAGAAGAGUAGAUUUUUGUGUUAACUUUAUCCAGAAGAUGUAACAGUAUUCUGUGAGUUUUUAUUGGACGUCGAUAAUUUGUGGAUAAAUUGCAAGGUGACGAUAAGAAUGCACAAAAACGUGAUCUAGUCUUUUAUAAUUCUCAGGUUUUUAGUGUUGUUAAUUUUGCUCAUAUUGUGUUUGUUUUUGUUUUUUUUAAAUUGAUUUUGUUAUCAACUAGACCCUGUUUGGGAUACAUGGUACGUUGUAACAAAGUGGUCAGGUUUUUCCAGCUUUCCACUUAAGUGUGGUAAUGCUGUGCAUGUUACUGGUACAAGGUAGUCUUCGAUAUUGUUGAUUAAUUUUUAAUGAAUGAUUCACAACUAGGCUAAGGGAAACACUUCACUGAAAAACGCUAACCUACUUAAAAACAGGAAAACAUGCAUUAAAUAAUCACCUGUCUACUGCUAACCAAUAUCUAGAUAACACAUUCUCAGGUUAAAACACUUUAAUGAGUCAUUAUUUAGCUCAAAUGACCCCCCCCCCCCCCCCAAAAAAAAGUUCAUAAAGCUCUUUUGGAAUAUAUUUAAUCAAUUAUUGUUUUGAUAUACAAAAUGUACAUGUACACUUGCAUUUAUUUUUUGCACAAGUCCUUAGAUACAAUUCACUGCUGGUACUUUUUUUUCCAUGCCCAAUAAAAUGUGUGAUAUUUACAAGCACGGAACUGAUUGAUGCAAGUCUUCUGAUUGGUAGAUAAUACAUGUAUAGUUACAAGUUCUAUCUCUACUAACAAGUCUUCUGAUUGGUAGAUAAUACAUGUAUAGUUACAAGUUCUAUCUCUACUAACAAGUCUUCUGAUUGGUAGAUAAUACAUGUAUAGUUACAAGUUCUAUCUCUACUAACAAGUCUUCUGAUUGGUAGAUAAUACAUGUAUAGUUACAAGUUCUAUCUCUACUAACACUUGAAGAUGCUCCAAUAAAGGUGUAUGGUUAUUUUAAUCCUGAUACAUAUAGGUAUGUUCAGUUUUGUGUCUAACAUUGUGAUGGUAUUUGUUGUACCAUAACAACAAUGCAGUUAAUAUCUCCAUGAAUAUUGGAUUUUGUUAAUCCUUCACCAGAGGUCUGGUAUCAUUCAUAACGAGGGUGAUGAGGGAACAUUUAGUAUGGUGUUAUAGAAUCAUUGAUAACAAUAGGAUAUUACAAACACGAUCCAAAGAGAUUUGGUUAAAGGUGAUAUGAUAUUUGUCAAAUUCUUUUUGUAUAUUGAGUAUAUGUAUAAAUCUUUGAUAUUCAUUUCUGUACACAACCUUAGAGAUUGGGAAAAAUUAAUUUGUUUCAGAUUCUUUGAAUUAAAAUUGGUCAGUUCAUUUAGAGCACAAUGACAUUUUUGUUCUUGAAAAUAUAAUGCAUUUAUUCAUUGGAACAUAUGCAUGUUUAUUAUUUCUGUGAUUAAAUAAAAUGUGAAAUAAUC